GCCGUUCCAAGAUGGCGGCGUCCAUUGCGAAGUAUCAUCCUCUCACUUUUGUUGACAAAAGCAGCAGGAAUGAGUCGCUGAAACAGUGCGAGGUGUUUUAAUGCAGCACAAGAAAGAGCGCCGUUUUUAAUGGCCGCCGCUGGGGGAAGUCUGGGUUUGUUUUAGAGGAAAUGUUUUAAUGUUUAUUCAGUGAGAACUCGGUUCUGCAGUUAUGGCCGCCGACAAUAAAAUCCAUUUCUGGAGGAGGAACGCGAAGGGUCCCGGAAGGUUUCUGAAAGACACUCCAAAGUCGAGCACUGUGAGCGUGAAAUCAAAGAAGCCAGCCACAUUCCAUGAGUUCGCACGCAGCACCAACGACGCCUGGGACAUCGACGACGAGGAAGACGGCGGUUUCUUCACGCCAACACAUUCCACUUCUGUUCCUGCGCAGUCGCACUCCACAGUCAAAGCACUUCGUUUGAAAGAGACCAAUUGUGUAACUGAUGAUAAAGAGCCAGCGCCGUGUCCAGGGGGUCGGUUGGAACCAGCAAGCACGGCGGUCUGCCGAGAUCAGCUGAGGACUGACGGCGAGUCGGCCAACGGCAGGGUGGUGAAGUCCAGCAGUGACGUCCAGCUGAACAGUAAUUCAGAGCGCAGCACUCUACAGAAGCAGCAGUCUCUCCCUGUGCGUCCCAUCAUCCCUCUGGUCGCCCGUAUUUCAGACCAGAAUGCAUCUGGCGCUCCACCCAUGACCGUGCGAGAGAAGACCCGACUGGAUAAGUUCAGGCAGCUGCUGGCCAGUCCCAACACAGACCUGGAGGACUUACGGAAGCACAGCUGGUCAGGGAUCCCGCGAGAAGUGCGCCCGAUCACUUGGAGACUUCUAUCAGGCUACCUGCCGGCUAACAUGGAACGUAGGGAGCUGGUUCUCCAAAGGAAGCGAGAGGAGUAUUUUGGUUUCAUCGAGCAGUAUUACCACUCCAGAACAGAUGAGCACCACAGAGACACCUACCGACAGAUUCACAUCGAUAUCCCCAGGACGAAUCCGCUGAUUCCAUUAUUCCAGCAGCCGCUGGUACAGGAGGUGUUUGAGAGGAUUCUGUUUAUCUGGGCGAUUCGACAUCCAGCCAGCGGCUAUGUACAGGGCAUCAAUGACCUCGUCACCCCCUUCUUUGUUGUCUUCCUCUCCGAGUUUGUGGAAGAGGACAUGGAGAACUUUGAAAUGGCUGCUCUACCUUUGGAAACACAACGCAACAUUGAAGCGGACAGCUUCUGGUGUAUGAGCAAGCUGCUGGAUGGAAUACAGGAUAAUUACACAUUUGCUCAGCCUGGGAUUCAGAAAAAAGUGAAGGCUCUGGAGGAGCUCAUCAGCAGGAUUGACGAGGACGUACACCUGCACUUCCAGAAGUGUGAGGUAGAGUACCUGCAGUUCGCCUUCCGCUGGAUGAACAACCUGCUGAUGAGGGAGUUGCCGCUGCGCUGCACAAUCCGCCUGUGGGACACGUACCAGGCCGAGUCUGAGGGCUUCUCUCAUUUCCACCUGUACGUCUGUGCAGCAUUUCUCAUCAAGUGGAGAAAAGAGAUCCUCUCCAUGCUGGACUUCCAGGGUCUGCUGAUGCUCCUGCAGAAUCUACCCACAAUUCACUGGGGCAACGAGGAGGUAGGUUUACUCCUGGCUGAAGCCUACAGACUUAAAUACAUGUUCGCGGACGCUCCCCGUCACUACAAGAGAUGAGGACUUUCAGAACCGAGCUACUGCUCGAGCCCAGCUACUCAGUACUGACUCAAUAACGGACUCAAAGAAGCGGCCCAACCCGCACCCCGUCUCAUUACGGCCCGUCUGUGUGGGUGAAGCACUUCUUCAAUCUUCUAUUACUCCAGUCUGGAUGAGUGGAAAUCCAGACUGCUGCUCAACACCAGGCUGAACGUACAGAUGGAAUGAACCGAAGGUCAAAAGUUCCUGCACUGCAAAUCAUCUCGGAGACGUCUACAUCUCAUCCUCAGGGUUUUUUUUCCCCCAAACUAAUCACCACAGACUGAGGAAGAAAAUGGAUUCUGGACUGUUUUAUGGAUUUUUUUUUAAUUUUUUUUAAACAAGUUCUACUGCAAUGGAGUGAACACUUCAGUUCCAGCGUUGACGAAUACCACUCCAUGAUUUGUGUGGUGUGUGUGUGUUGUUGUUGUUUUAUUUUUUUUCUCUUUCUCUUGAAUUUCUGCUGUAUUAAUAAGAAUGUGGAGUCACUGGAUCCGUUCAUCUUGCCAUCACUGGUCCCAGAUUGCUGAGCAGCCAGUAGUACAGAAACUACAGCAGCCAAUCGAAGCCAUUUUUGCAGUCUGUGUGUUUCCUCAGAAGACUGACACAGAAUUUGAACAAUCUGAUUUUAUAGCUAUCAGGGCUUUCCCCAGAAAAAAAUAUCAAAGCGGUACUACUGAUGCGACGCGGCCCGGCCCGGAGGGCCCUGAAGGCUGCUUAGGGGGUCCGGGGGCAUGCUUCCCUGGAAAAAAUGAUGCCUUCUGGUGGUAUCUAGGGCUGAUUUAGGCCCAAUUCAACAUUAUUAAAUUUGCUGUUUUUUACUUUG